AUGGGGUAUAUCAAGAUGAUAUUGGCACUGCUGCCUCUACUUCUUGUAGAGCUUUCCUUUCAAAAUCAAACGGAAUUGAUGGGUCUUCAGGAUGCUUUGCUAUCGCGUCGUGUUCGGGCUUUGAUAUUUCCCAAUAAGGCCUCGGUUUUGUUAACGGCAGCGUUGACCAAAAUUAUAGUGGGCGGUCGUCCAGGUGGACUGCAAUACAGUCUGGAGUUUGAUAUGUAUGUGCCCCUGCCCGAUACGGUCGACGGUUGGCGUCCCAAUAUCCUGAUCGGUCCUACAACAAAAAAGCCAGCUGAUAUCAAGCCCAAACGACGUUGGGAUGGACAUUGGCGUCGUUAUGGCGAUAAAAACCAAUCCUAUUACAGACAAAGUGUUAACUAUGAAGAUUCUUAUCAAGCGGACAGAUAUACCAAAUAUUAUAAUACCAAAUCACAUAAGGAUUACUUUUAUAAGAGCCCCUGGCAAUUAACUGAGCAGCCCUGGCAGCAACAUCGUCCAUUCAGUGUGGAGGAUGAAGUAUAUUCAUCCUUAGACGAUGUGCCCAGCUGGAAGCUCAAUCGUGCGUAUAGAGAACGACGUGAAAUCUUUGAUCAACUAGAGGCAAUGGGAAAGUUCUUUCAACUGGACUUUAGAUCCUGCAUAAAGCGGGCAAUGUGCGAACUUCAAGCCAGGUUUAAUCAGCAUUAUGGAAGGGAUAUGUUAAUGGAGGAUCUUUUGCGCAUUGUGCUGACAAUCCCCACAGAUGUAGCUGAUGAUAAAUAUCAGCAUAGAGUGAGAGGCAGGGACUGUGCUCGUAUUUAUGCGGUUUCCUGUCCUUAUCCCGUGCUAGACUUUCUGACACAGAAAUCGAAAACCAAGUAAACAUUUAUUUUCAAGUUUGACGCUGUUGUGUAUUCAAUUGAUAUGUUCAAUGUUCAGUAUGAGAAAUUACUGUCUCGAACGCAGUUCAACCUUUAGGAAUUAAAAAUUUUUCCAAAAUUCUAUUUUUAUAAUUUUAGGCUUUUUUAAAAUUUUUUUUCUAAAUUUGUAUAUAUUUAAAUAAAAAUUGAAAAUGAUUGGAUUAAGCUGUGCCUUAAGACGCAACGUAUUGGGUCAUGUGAAUAAGCAGCUUCAGGUGGCGACUGCGGUGCGUUUUAAGUCAAA